AUGAACACUGGAUAUAAUACAACCGCCUCUUCGUCAUCGCCUUCAACCUUAUUUCCACCGUUGAAUGACGCCAACAACUCACCUCCUUUAGACAAUAGUAGUGAAGGAGGCUUGCUUUGGAGCAAUGUCAAUACAUUCGCCAUUCCUGACGACACUACAGACAAAUCAGAUACAUCAUCGACAUCAUCGCCGUUUCCUUCGUUGAGAUUCAACCCUCAAGCAUCAGCAGCAGCAAUAUCCACAUCAGCUACUGCUGGGCUAGAGAGUAAAGAGGACUCGGCUGCUUUCAAUAUAUCUUGGGGAGGUGAUGAUAAACCACCCGUCGAGCUUCAUCCAGAAGAAACGCCAGUGGAAGAGCCCAAAUUAUCAAGGCCACUGCCGAAGCCUAGAGGCAUCCGAAGAUUGCCAGAGCCAGAGCCUUCUGCUGACGGUACAAUUGACGAAGAUACUCUCAAACGUAGAAAGAACACUGAUGCUGCCAGAAGAUCUCGAAUGAAGAAGUUUCUCAAGGUGGAUCAGCUGGAGACCAAGGUGAAUGCUCUGCAGGCAGAGAAUGCCAAAUUGACGUUGAGUAAUGCGGUGCUGGAGUCAGAAAAGAGAAGUUUGCAUGCGAAAGAAAAUGAAUACAAGAAGCGCAUCAAGUAUCUCGAGGAUAUAAUGAGAUGCAAUGGAUGGGAUUUUAAUACGGGAAAUCAUGAACCAUGGUGA